ACUCUUUUUUUUUAAAAAAAAAAAUUACUUUUCCUUCCUUCACUCCAGAACACAAAGGAAAAGAACAGAGAAGAAAUCGAGAACCCAAAAAUGGCACAAACCCUUCCCCUCUUUCUCCUAAUAAUUUGUCUCUUGCUAAUUCCCUCCUCACAAAUCCAACAAGAACAAGAAGCCUUCACUACUAUAGUCAUAUCCCAACAAGGCCUUGAUUUCCUCAAGAAUUUGCUCAUAACUCAAGCUAUCUCUUCAAUCAUCCCUCUCAAACUUCCCAACAUUACUAAAACUGCUAAAUUCCCUUUUUUGGGCUAUGUCCAUAUGCUACUCUCCAACAUCACCAUCUACCAACUCCAAGUAUUGGAUUCUUAUGUCAAGCCUGGUGAUACUGGCAUUGCAAUUAUUGCUUCUGGGACCACUUGCAAUUUGAGUAUGGAUUGGUCUUAUGAAUAUAAUACUUGGCUUUUUCCUGUGGAGAUUUCUGAUAAAGGCCAUGCUUCUGUUCAGGUUGAAGGCAUGGAAGUGGGGCUCACAUUAGGCCUGAAGAACCAGGAGGGAACUCUGAAGCUCUCCCUUAUGGACUGUGGCUGUUAUGUUAAAGAUAUAUCUAUAAAAUUGGAUGGAGGAGCAUCUUGGCUCUAUCAAGGGAUGAUAGAUGCAUUUGAAGAGCAAAUAGGGUCUGCAGUGGAAAAUGCUAUUACCAAGAAUCUUGGAGAAGGAAUUUUAAAGCUUGAUUUGUUUCUGCAAUCUCUUCCGAAAGAAAUUCCUGUAGAUGAUGAUGCUUCAAUAAAUGUAACUUUUGUGGACAACCCUUCACUGAGUAAUUCUUCUGUUGGGUUUGACAUCAACGGGUUAUUCACAGCAAGGAAAAAGGUUCCAAUCACCAUGUAUUACUAUGAAAAUACACUGCCUUCAGUUUUGUGCACUGAACCAACUAAAAUGCUUGGAAUUUCUCUGGAUGAGGCUGUUUUCAAUUCUGCUUCAGCCUUAUAUUAUGAUGCAAAAUUUAUGCAAUGGAUUGUGGAUAAAAUACCAGAUCAGUCUCUUCUAAACACCGCUGGAUGGAGAUUUAUUGUUCCUCAAUUGUACAAGAAAUACCCAAAUGAUGACAUGAAUAUGAAUCUCUCUUUGUCAUCUCCUCCUAUCUUAAGGAUUUCUGAACACAAUCUCGAUGCAACGGUUUACGCAGACUUGAUAAUUGAUGUAUUGGAAGCAGACCAAGUAAUACCAGUUGCAUGCAUUUCACUGGUGAUUCGCGGAUCAGGUUCAGUUGGAAUUGCAGGCAACAACCUUGUUGGCAGCGUGAAAUUGAAUGACUUUUCCAUGUCAUCGAAGUGGAGCAAUAUUGGCAAUCUUCGGAUGUAUCUUAUUCAGCCACUUAUGUGGACACUUAUCCAAACUGUUUUCGUGCCGCAUGCAAAUGCGCAUUUAGCAAAAGGUUUCCCCUUGCCCAUCAUUCAUGGUUUCACUGUUCAGAAUGCUGAAAUUAUCUUCUCAACAUCAAAAAUUACAGUUUGUGGCGAUGUGGCGUUCAGAGAGUCCUUGAGUAUCAAGCAGGCUUCUGGGCCUCUCUAGCCGAACUCGUUUAUGUUUACACUCAAGCUCCAUCAAAGCAGGCAUGCACCCUUUGUAUAAUGUUCAUGUAAAGCUCGGGGCGCGUUCCCCACAGAAAUGCACAAAUUGUGCUAUAACAUACAGGAUCCAUAGAUGUGAUGAGGUGUUGUGAUUUUGAUGUUAUUGCAUUCUUUUCAGUGACUUGCACAUUGCAUACUAAUAAAGUUGAUUGUGUAUAA